AAAGCUUAAAAAGAGUAUUUGUAGAAAUAGUUUUAAAGGAUCAAGCAAAUACCAUACUAAAAAAAGCUUGCCUGAACAGAAGGAAGGAAGUUGAUCAAGCAUGAAGCUGGUUCCUGGGAGGCACGAUAAGGAAGAUGUUAAGCACCAUUCUCUGAACUUCCUGUUAACCAGUACUUGUGUCCUCGUUCUCUUCAUAAUUGCUGCUGCAUUUUGAACAAAUGCUUGUGCAUUUCUCACGCUUCCUUCCUGCAAACUCCAAAUAAGUGUAUGCAAGCUCUGGAAGGGGCCUCUUGGCCCCACCCUGACACAAGGCAGGCUUGUCUUUAAGGUGUCCAUUUUCUUUUGCAAGGUUCCCUUCCUGAUAUCCAGAAUGAGCACCGCACUUGUUCUUCCUCAGAGCAGCUGCAAUCCUGUGGAGCAGCAGAGGAGCCGCUGGGAGAGAAAACGCAGCCGAACUGUGAAAGAGCUGGUAGAGACAGAGCAGAAAUACCUGGAGCAGCUGGACUUGGUGGCCACGUACUUCGUGGCCAUUCUGAAAGCGAAGGGCACCCUGAAGCCAGCUGCCUUGGAGGCUAUCUUUGGGCCAUGGGAGUGUCUGUGCUCUACCAGCCGGACGCUGCUUUUCCACCUGGAGAGGGGCCGCUUGGGGCUUGGCUUGGAAGGCUUCUGCCACCAGCUGGUUUUCUAUGUCUGCUACGCUGAAAACUGGGAAGAGGCCAAGAAGAUGUUAGAGAGACAGGUGAAGAAGAACAGAUCAUUUUCCCGCUUCAAGAAGCUCCAAGAGUCCCGGCCAGACUUCAGGGGCUAUUCUCUGGAGGACCUGCUGCCUCUGCCUCUGCAAAGGAUCCAUCAGUACAAGCACUUGCUGCAGGAUCUGGUGGAGAACACUUACCCGGAGAGCUCUGACUCAGAGCAGCUGAGAGGAGUUCUAAGGUCUUUCUCAGAGGCAUUUCACCGAAUCGGGGAAAUCUCGCGCUUCCAAGACAACUUGGGCCACAUGCAUCGGGUUCAGAAACUGCUCAAAGGGCAGAAGACACACUUGCUGGUGCCUGGACGCUGGUAUCUCCAGGAAGGCUGGCUGAUCGUGGUGCCCCCAAAGGGGGAGGAGGUGCAAUCCAGAAUGUUCUUCCUCUUCUCGGACAUCUUGCUAAUGACCAGGCCUUGCCACCCACUCCAUCCCUGGAAUUCUUCCAAGUUUGCCUGCCAGGCGGUCUACCCUCUCAGCCAGUGCACUGUAGAAAAGGUCUUUGGUCAUACUCAUGACCAAGGAGGGUUGCUCAGUCUAUCCUUCCCUCAUAAGACACUGCUACUGAUGUCCUGUGAUCAGGAUGAGUUUAACAAAUGGCACCAAAACCUCGUUACUGCUGUCAGGGAGCUGCAAAUCAAUUCCUCUUCAGUCCACUGAAAUGACAGCUUGCCCAGACCAGCCUCCAUGGGUCCAGCAGGGUUGCACAGCAAGUGGCUACAAGUUCUGUGCACAUGAAUGGCUGUUCAGCCUAUGUGGAAACCCCCAAGUUCUGAUGCCGAAACUCCUGCAGCAAAGGCCAACGUUUAUCCUUUGGAAGACUGACUAAUCCAUACAAUGUUAUCAACUAGCCCAUUACAUGCUCAAGACUGCUCAGCACCAGGAGCUGUCAACUAUGAGAUGACCCUGUGAUUGUAGCAACCGGUCAGAAUGGCUCCUCCAGGGAAUAAACUCACAUCACCCGCUAAGGCUAGCAGGGAACCGAGUGAAGGAACAACAGUGUCUGCCUUGCUUGGUGCCACUGAGCAAGUGUGUGCAAAACACUUUCUACGUUCACUGAUCUUGUCAUUCUGAAGAAUUCUUGAAACAUGACUCCUACUUCCCUUU